AUGGCCAUAAUAGCCAUAAUGCCUGCCGAACUGGGCCCAGCUUCUCGCGGUCCGGUUGCCGUGAAGGCCGCUGACGGGGGAUUCGUCGCAGCAGCGGCAGUCGCGGCGGAUUUGGCAGUGGGGAAGAGCGCGAAAGCAGCGGAGUUCGAGCGGACGCUGGGAUGUCGGCGCUACGUGUACCACGUGGAAGGGGGAGGACAGGUGACGGCAUACGUGGUGGAGCGCAACGGGUGUUUCGACGUGCUGCUGGACGUGGCUGCUGCCCACAUGCAGUGCCGCCACGACCUGCCUCUCUGCAUCCACUGGGGCAUAUUCCGCUCGGAUCGCUCCACGUGGUUCCUUCUGAACGACUCCCAGACUCCGCCGGGCACCGUGUUCCUGCGAGGAAAGACCGACGCCAUGCGCACGGUGCUGCAGGACGACCCCACGCCCGGGCACCGCUCGCUGGUGCUCUCGUUUGACGCGGAGCUCGCCCCCUUCUCCCUCAACCUCGUGCUCUUCCAGCCGCUCGCUGGCGUGACCGGCAGCGGCAUCGGAGACAAGUCCCUCGAAGGGCUCUGGCUCAGCUCGCCCCCUUCUCCCUCAACCUCGUGCUCUUCCUGCCGCUGCCUGCCCUUCGGAGGCAUCGAAGGGCUCUGGCUCAGGGGUCUGGCUCAGGUGAGUCAUGGGGAGGGGUCUGGCUUAGGUGAGUCAUGGGGAGGGGUCUGGCUCAGGGGUCUGGCUCAGGUGAGUCAUGGGGAGGGGUCUGGCUCAGGUGAGUCAUGGGGAGGGGUCUGGCUUAGGGGUCUGGCACAGGUGAGUCAUGGGGAGGGGUCUGGCUCAGGUGAGUCAUGGGGAGGGGUCUGGCUCAGGGGUCUGGCUCAGGUGAGUCAUGGGGAGGGGUCUGGCUCAGGUGAGUCAUGGGGAGGGGUCUGGCUCAGGGGUCUGGCACAGGUGAGUCAUGGGGAGGGGUCUGGCUUAGGUGAGUCAUGGGGAGGGGUCUGGCUCAGGGGUCUGGCUCAGGUGAGUCAUGGGGAGGGGUCUGGCUUAGGUGAGUCAUGGGGAGGGGUCUGGCUUAGGGGUCUGGCACAGGUGAGUCAUGGGGAGGGGUCUGGCUCAGGUGAGUCAUGGGGAGGGGUCUGGCUCAGGGGUCUGGCUCAGGUGAGUCAUGGGGAGGGGUCUGGCUCAGGUGAGUCAUGGGGAGGGGUCUGGCUCAGGGGUCUGGCUCAGGUGAGUCAUGGGAGGGGUCUGGCUCAGGUGAGUCAUGGGGAGGGGUCUGGCUCAGGUGAGUCAUGGGGAGGGGUCUGGCUCAGGGGUCUGGCUCAGGUGAGUCAUGGGGAGGGGUCUGGCUCAGGUGAGUCAUGGGGAGGGGUCUGGCUCAGGGGUCUGGCUCAGGUGAGUCAUGGGGAGGGGUCUGGCUCAGGUGAGUCAUGGGGAGGGGUCUGGCUCAGGGGUCUGGCUCAGGUGAGUGAUGGGGAGGGGUCUGGCUUAGGUGAGUCAUGGGGAGGGGUCUGGCUCAGGGGUCUGGCUCAGGUGAGUCAUGGGGAGGGGUCUGGCUCAGGUGAGUCAUGGGGAGGGGUCUGGCUUAGGGGUCUGGCACCGGUGAGUCAUGGGGAGGGGUCUGGCUCAGGUGAGUCAUGGGGAGGAGUCUGGCUCAGGGGUCUGGCUCAGGUGAGUCAUGGGGAGGGGUCUGGCUCAGGUGAGUCAUGGGGAGGGGUCUGGCUCAGGGGUCUGGCUCAGGUGAGUCAUGGGGAGGGGUCUGGCUUAGGUGAGUCAUGGGGAGGGGUCUGGCUCAGGGGUCUGGCUCAGGUGAGUCAUGGGGAGGGGUCUGGCUCAGGUGAGUCAUGGGGAGGGGUCUGGCUUAGGGGUCUGGCUCAGGUGAGUCAUGGGGAGGGGUCUGGCUCAGGUGAGUCAUGGGGAGGGGUCUGGCUCAGGGGUCUGGCUCAGGUGAGUGAUGGGGAGGGGUCUGGCUUAGGUGAGUCAUGGGGAGGGGUCUGGCACCGGGGUCUGGCUCAGGUGAGUCAUGGGGAGGGGUCUGGCUCAGGUGAGUCAUGGGGAGGGGUCUGGCUCAGGGGUCUGGCUCAGGUGAGUCAUGGGGAGGGGUCUGGCUCAGGUGAGUCAUGGGGAGGGGUCUGGCUCAGGGGUCUGGCACAGGUGAGUCAUGGGGAGGGGUCUGGCUUAGGUGAGUCAUGGGGAGGGGUCUGGCUUAGGGGUCUGGCUCAGGUGAGUCAUGGGGAGGGGUCUGGCUCAGGUGAGUCAUGGGGAGGGGUCUGGCUCAGGGGUCUGGCACCGGUGAGUCAUGGGGAGGGGUCUGGCUCAGGUGAGUCAUGGGGAGGGGUCUGGCUCAGGGGUCUGGCUCAGGUGAGUCAUGGGGAGGGGUCUGGCUCAGGUGAGUCAUGGGGAGGGGUCUGGCUCAGGGGUCUGGCUCAGGUGAGUCAUGGGGAGGGGUCUGGCUCAGGUGAGUCAUGGGGAGGGGUCUGGCUUAGGGGUCUGGCACAGGUGAGUCAUGGGGAGGGGUCUGGCUUAGGUGAGUCAUGGGGAGGGGUCUGGCUCAGGGGUCUGGCUCAGGUGAGUCAUGGGGAGGGGUCUGGCUUAGGUGAGUCAUGGGGAGGGGUCUGGCUUAGGGGUCUGGCUCAGGUGAGUCAUGGGGAGGGGUCUGGCUCAGGUGAGUCAUGGGAGGGGUCUGGCUCAGGUGAGUCAUGGGGAGGGGUCUGGCUCAGGGGUCUGGCUCAGGUGAGUCAUGGGGAGGGGUCUGGCUCAGGUGAGUCAUGGGGAGGGGUCUGGCUUAGGGGUCUGGCUCAGGUGAGUCAUGGGGAGGGGUCUGGCUCAGGUGAGUCAUGGGGAGGGGUCUGGCUCAGGGGUCUGGCUCAGGUGAGUCAUGGGGAGGGGUCUGGCUCAGGUGAGUCAUGGGGAGGGGUCUGGCUCAGGGGUCUGGCUCAGGUGAGUCAUGGGGAGGGGUCUGGCUCAGGUGAGUCAUGGGGAGGGGUCUGGCUCAGGGGUCUGGCUCAGGUGAGUCAUGGGGAGGGGUCUGGCUUAGGUGAGUCAUGGGGAGGGGUCUGGCUCAGGGGUCUGGCUCAGGUGAGUCAUGGGGAGGGGUCUGGCUCAGGUGAGUCAUGGGGAGGGGUCUGGCUUAGGGGUCUGGCACAGGUGAGUCAUGGGGAGGGGUCUGGCUCAGGUGAGUCAUGGGGAGGGGUCUGGCUCAGGGGUCUGGCUCAGGUGAGUCAUGGGGAGGGGUCUGGCUCAGGUGAGUCAUGGGGAGGGGUCUGGCUUAGGGGUCUGGCACCGGUGAGUCAUGGGGAGGGGUCUGGCACAGGUGAGUCAUGGGGAGGGGUCUGGCUUAGGGGUCUGGCUCAGGUGAGUCAUGGGGAGGGGUCUGGCUCAGGUGAGUCAUGGGGAGGGGUCUGGCUCAGGGGUCUGGCUCAGGUGAGUGAUGGGGAGGGGUCUGGCUUAGGUGAGUCAUGGGGAGGGGUCUGGCACCGGGGUCUGGCUCAGGUGAGUCAUGGGGAGGGGUCUGGCUCAGGUGAGUCAUGGGGAGGGGUCUGGCUCAGGGGUCUGGCUCAGGUGAGUCAUGGGGAGGGGUCUGGCUCAGGUGAGUCAUGGGGAGGGGUCUGGCUCAGGGGUCUGGCACAGGUGAGUCAUGGGGAGGGGUCUGGCUUAGGUGAGUCAUGGGGAGGGGUCUGGCUUAGGGGUCUGGCUCAGGUGAGUCAUGGGGAGGGGUCUGGCUCAGGUGAGUCAUGGGGAGGGGUCUGGCUCAGGGGUCUGGCUCAGGUGAGUGAUGGGGAGGGGUCUGGCUUAGGUGAGUCAUGGGGAGGGGUCUGGCACCGGGGUCUGGCUCAGGUGAGUCAUGGGGAGGGGUCUGGCUCAGGUGAGUCAUGGGGAGGGGUCUGGCUCAGGGGUCUGGCUCAGGUGAGUCAUGGGGAGGGGUCUGGCUCAGGUGAGUCAUGGGGAGGGGUCUGGCUCAGGGGUCUGGCACAGGUGAGUCAUGGGGAGGGGUCUGGCUUAGGUGAGUCAUGGGGAGGGGUCUGGCUUAGGGGUCUGGCUCAGGUGAGUCAUGGGGAGGGGUCUGGCUCAGGUGAGUCAUGGGGAGGGGUCUGGCUCAGGGGUCUGGCUCAGGUGAGUGAUGGGGAGGGGUCUGGCUUAGGUGAGUCAUGGGGAGGGGUCUGGCUCAGGGGUCUGGCUCAGGUGAGUCAUGGGGAGGGGUCUGGCUCAGGUGAGUCAUGGGGAGGGGUCUGGCUCAGGGGUCUGGCUCAGGUGAGUCAUGGGGAGGGGUCUGGCUUAGGUGAGUCAUGGGGAGGGGUCUGGCUCAGGGGUCUGGCACAGGUGAGUCAUGGGGAGGGGUCUGGCUUAGGUGAGUCAUGGGGAGGGGUCUGGCUCAGGGGUCUGGCUCAGGUGAGUCAUGGGGAGGGGUCUGGCUUAGGUGAGUCAUGGGGAGGGGUCUGGCUCAGGGGUCUGGCUCAGGUGAGUCAUGGGGAGUGGUCUGGCUUAGGUGAGUCAUGGGGAGGUGGUCUGGCUCAGGUGAGUCAUGGGGAGGGGUCUGGCUCAGGUGAGUCAUGGGGAGGGGUCUGGCUCAGGGGUCUGGCUCAGGUGAGUCAUGGGGAGGGGUCUGGCUCAGGUGAGUCAUGGGGAGGGGUCUGGCUCAGGGGUCUGGCUCAGGUGAGUCAUGGGGAGGGGUCUGGCUCAGGUGAGUCAUGGGGAGGGGUCUGGCUCAGGGGUCUGGCUCAGGUGAGUCAUGGGGAGGGGUCUGGCUCAGGUGAGUCAUGGGGAGGGGUCUGGCUUAGGGGUCUGGCUCAGGUGAGUCAUGGGGAGGGGUCUGGCUCAGGUGAGUCAUGGGGAGGGGUCUGGCUCAGGGGUCUGGCUCAGGUGAGUCAUGGGGAGGGGUCUGGCUCAGGUGAGUCAUGGGGAGGGGUCUGGCUUAGGGGUCUGGCACAGGUGAGUCAUGGGGAGGGGUCUGGCUUAGGUGAGUCAUGGGGAGGGGUCUGGCUUAGGGGUCUGGCUCAGGUGAGUCAUGGGGAUGGGUCUGGCUUAGGUGAGUCAUGGGGAGUGGUCUGGCUCAGGGGUCUGGCACCGGUGAGUCAUGGGGAGGGGUCUGGCUCAGGUGAGUCAUGGGGAGGGGUCUGGCUCAGGGGUCUGGCUCAGGUGAGUCAUGGGGAGGGGUCUGGCUCAGGUGAGUCAUGGGGAGGGGUCUGGCUUAGGGGUCUGGCUCAGGUGAGUCAUGGGGAGGGGUCUGGCUCAGGUGAGUCAUGGGGAGGGGUCUGGCUCAGGGGUCUGGCUCAGGUGAGUCAUGGGGAGGGGUCUGGCUCAGGUGAGUCAUGGGGAGGGGUCUGGCUUAGGGGUCUGGCACAGGUGAGUCAUGGGGAGGGGUCUGGCUUAGGUGAGUCAUGGGGAGGGGUCUGGCUCAGGGGUCUGGCUCAGGUGAGUGAUGGGGAGGGGUCUGGCUUAGGUGAGUCAUGGGGAGGGGUCUGGCUCAGGGGUCUGGCUCAGGUGAGUCAUGGGGAGGGGUCUGGCUCAGGUGAGUCAUGGGGAGGGGUCUGGCUCAGGGGUCUGGCUCAGGUGAGUCAUGGGGAGGGGUCUGGCUCAGGUGAGUCAUGGGGAGGGGUCUGGCUUAGGGGUCUGGCUCAGGUGAGUCAUGGGGAAGGGUCUGGCUCAGGUGAGUCAUGGGGAGGGGUCUGGCUCAGGGGUCUGGCUCAGGUGAGUGAUGGGGAGGGGUCUGGCUUAGGUGAGUCAUGGGGAGGGGUCUGGCUCAGGGGUCUGGCUCAGGUGAGUCAUGGGGAGGGGUCUGGCUCAGGUGAGUCAUGGGGAGGGGUCUGGCUUAGGGGUCUGGCUCAGGUGAGUCAUGGGGAGGGGUAUGGCUCAGGUGAGUCAUGGGGAGGGGUCUGGCUCAGGGGUCUGGCUCAGGUGAGUCAUGGGGAGGGUUCUGGCUCAGGUGAGUCAUGGGGAGGGGUCUGGCUUAGGGGUCUGGCACAGGUGAGUCAUGGGGAGGGGUCUGGCUUAGGUGAGUCAUGGGGAGGGUUCUGGCUCAGGGGUCUGGCACAGGUGAGUCAUGGGGAGGGGUCUGGCUUAGGUGAGUCAUGGGGAGGGGUCUGGCUCAGGGGUCUGGCACAGGUGAGUCAUGGGGAGGGGUCUGGCUUAGGUGAGUCAUGGGGAGGGGUCUGGCUUAGGGGUCUGGCUCAGGUGAGUCAUGGGGAGGGGUAUGGCUCAGGUGAGUCAUGGGGAGGGGUCUGGCUCAGGGGUCUGGCACAGGUGAGUCAUGGGAAGGGUUCUGGCUCAGGUGAGUCAUGGGGAGGGGUCUGGCUUAGGGGUCUGGCACAGGUGAGUCAUGGGGAGGGGUCUGGCUUAGGUGAGUCAUGGGGAGGGGUCUGGCUUAGGGGUCUGGCUCAGGUGAGUCAUGGGGAAGGGUCUGGCUCAGGUGAGUCAUGGGGAGGGGUCUGGCUCAGGGGUCUGGCACCGGUGAGUCAUGGGGAGGGGUCUGGCUCAGGUGAGUCAUGGGGAGGAGUCUGGCUCAGGGGUCUGGCACCGGUGAGUCAUGGGGAGGGGUCUGGCUCAGGUGAGUCAUGGGGAGGGGUCUGGCUCAGGGGUCUGGCUCAGGUGAGUGAUGGGGAGGGGUCUGGCUUAGGUGAGUCAUGGGGAGGGGUCUGGCACCGGGGUCUGGCUCAGGUGAGUCAUGGGGAGGGGUCUGGCUCAGGUGAGUCAUGGGGAGGGGUCUGGCUCAGGGGUCUGGCUCAGGUGAGUGAUGGGGAGGGGUCUGGCUUAGGUGAGUCAUGGGGAGGGGUCUGGCACCGGGGUCUGGCUCAGGUGAGUCAUGGGGAGGGGUCUGGCUCAGGUGAGUCAUGGGGAGGGUUCUGGCUCAGGGGUCUGGCUCAGGUGAGUGAUGGGGAGGGGUCUGGCUUAGGUGAGUCAUGGGGAGGGGUCUGGCUCAGGGGUCUGGCUCAGGUGAGUCAUGGGGAGGGGUCUGGCUCAGGUGAGUCAUGGGGAGUGGUCUGGCUCAGGGGUCUGGCACCGGUGAGUCAUGGGGAGGGGUCUGGCUCAGGUGAGUCAUGGGGAGGGGUCUGGCUCAGGGGUCUGGCUCAGGUGAGUCAUGGGGAGGGGUCUGGCUCAGGUGAGUCAUGGGGAGGGGUCUGGCUCAGGGGUCUGGCUCAGGUGAGUCAUGGGGAGGGGUCUGGCUUAGGUGAGUCAUGGGGAGGGGUCUGGCUCAGGGGUCUGGCACAGGUGAGUCAUGGGGAGGGGUCUGGCUCAGGUGAGUCAUGGGGAGGGGUCUGGCUUAGGGGUCUGGCUCAGGUGAGUCAUGGGGAGGGGUCUGGCUCAGGUGAGUCAUGGGGAGGGGUCUGGCUCAGGGGUCUGGCUCAGGUGAGUCAUGGGGAGGGGUCUGGCUCAGGUGAGUCAUGGGGAGGGGUCUGGCUUAGGGGUCUGGCACAGGUGAGUCAUGGGGAGGGGUCUGGCUUAGGUGAGUCAUGGGGAGGGGUCUGGCUUAGGGGUCUGGCUCAGGUGAGUCAUGGGGAGGGGUCUGGCUCAGGUGAGUCAUGGGGAGGGGUCUGGCUCAGGGGUCUGGCUCAGGUGAGUGAUGGGGAGGGGUCUGGCUUAGGUGAGUCAUGGGGAGGGGUCUGGCUCAGGGGUCUGGCUCAGGUGAGUCAUGGGGAGGGGUCUGGCUCAGGUGAGUCAUGGGGAGGGGUCUGGCUCAGGGGUCUGGCUCAGGUGAGUCAUGGGGAGGGGUCUGGCUCAGGUGAGUCAUGGGGAGGGGUCUGGCUUAGGGGUCUGGCUCAGGUGAGUCAUGGGGAAGGGUCUGGCUCAGGUGAGUCAUGGGGAGGGGUCUGGCUCAGGGGUCUGGCACCGGUGAGUCAUGGGGAGGGGUCUGGCUCAGGUGAGUCAUGGGGAGGAGUCUGGCUCAGGGGUCUGGCUCAGGUGAGUCAUGGGGAGGGUUCUGGCUCAGGUGAGUCAUGGGGAGGGGUCUGGCUUAGGGGUCUGGCACAGGUGAGUCAUGGGGAGGGGUCUGGCUUAGGUGAGUCAUGGGGAGGGGUCUGGCUUAGGGGUCUGGCUCAGGUGAGUCAUGGGGAGGGGUAUGGCUCAGGUGAGUCAUGGGGAGGGGUCUGGCUCAGGGGUCUGGCUCAGGUGAGUGAUGGGGAGGGGUCUGCCUUAGGUGAGUCAUGGGGAGGGGUCUGGCUCAGGGGUCUGGCUCAGGUGAGUCAUGGGGAGGGGUCUGGCUCAGGUGAGUCAUGGGGAGGGGUCUGGCUUAGGGGUCUGGCUCAGGUGAGUCAUGGGGAGGGGUCUGGCUCAGGUGAGUCAUGGGGAGGGGUCUGGCUCAGGGGUCUGGCUCAGGUGAGUCAUGGGGAGGGGUCUGGCUCAGGUGAGUCAUGGGGAGGGGUCUGGCUCAGGGGUCUGGCACAGGUGAGUCAUGGGGAGGGGUCUGGCUUAGGUGAGUCAUGGGGAGGGGUCUGGCUCAGGGGUCUGGCUCAGGUGAGUCAUGGGGAGGGGUCUGGCUCAGGUGAGUCAUGGGGAGGGGUCUGGCUUAGGGGUCUGGCACCGGUGAGUCAUGGGGAGGGGUCUGGCUCAGGUGAGUCAUGGGGAGGGGUCUGGCUCAGGGGUCUGGCUCAGGUGAGUCAUGGGGAGGGGUCUGGCUCAGGUGAGUCAUGGGGAGGGGUCUGGCUCAGGGGUCUGGCUCAGGUGAGUCAUGGGGAGGGGUCUGGCUUAGGUGAGUCAUGGGGAGGGGUCUGGCUCAGGGGUCUGGCACAGGUGAGUCAUGGGGAGGGGUCUGGCUUAGGUGAGUCAUGGGGAGGGGUCUGGCUUAGGGGUCUGGCUCAGGUGAGUCAUGGGGAGGGGUCUGGCUCAGGUGAGUCAUGGGGAGGGGUCUGGCUCAGGGGUCUGGCUCAGGUGAGUGAUGGGGAGGGGUCUGGCUUAGGUGAGUCAUGGGGAGGGGUCUGGCACCGGGGUCUGGCUCAGGUGAGUCAUGGGGAGGGGUCUGGCUCAGGUGAGUCAUGGGGAGGGUUCUGGCUCAGGGGUCUGGCACAGGUGAGUCAUGGGGAGGGGUCUGGCACAGGUGAGUCAUGGGGAGGGGUCUGGCUUAGGGGUCUGGCUCAGGUGAGUGAUGGGGAGGGGUCUGGCUUAGGUGAGUCAUGGGGAGGGGUCUGGCUCAGGGGUCUGGCUCAGGUGAGUCAUGGGGAGGGGUCUGGCUCAGGUGAGUCAUGGGGAGGGGUCUGGCUCAGGGGUCUGGCACAGGUGAGUCAUGGGGAGGGGUCUGGCUUAGGUGAGUCAUGGGGAGGGGUCUGGCUCAGGGGUCUGGCUCAGGUGAGUCAUGGGGAGGGGUCUGGCUUAGGUGAGUCAUGGGGAGUGGUCUGGCUCAGGGGUCUGGCUCAGGUGAGUGAUGGGGAGGGGUCUGGCUUAGGUGAGUCAUGGGGAGGGGUCUGGCUCAGGGGUCUGGCUCAGGUGAGUCAUGGGGAGGGGUCUGGCUCAGGUGAGUCAUGGGGAGGGGUCUGGCUCAGGGGUCUGGCUCAGGUGAGUCAUGGGGAGGGGUCUGGCUCAGGUGAGUCAUGGGGAGGGGUCUGGCUUAGGGGUCUGGCUCAGGUGAGUCAUGGGGAGGGGUCUGGCUCAGGUGAGUCAUGGGGAGGGGUCUGGCUUAGGGGUCUGGCUCAGGUGAGUCAUGGGGAGGGGUCUGGCUCAGGUGAGUCAUGGGGAGGGGUCUGGCUUAGGGGUCUGGCUCAGGUGAGUCAUGGGGAGGGGUCUGGCUCAGGUGAGUCAUGGGGAGGGGUCUGGCUUAGGGGUCUGGCUCAGGUGAGUCAUGGGGAGGGGUCUGGCUCAGGUGAGUCAUGGGGAGGGGUCUGGCUUAG